AUGGAAAAGGGCUUCUCGUUGGUGCCUAAAGAAGAAGGAGAACAAGAUUAUAGAAAUGAGAAACAUAAAGAUCAUACGAGUUGUUGUUAUUUGUCAACAGAGAUGAUGAAGAAGGUUAGCUCCAUGGCUGCUCCAAUGGUAGCUGUGGCUGCUUCUCAGUAUCUCCUUCAAGUUAUCUCCAUUGUUAUGGCUGGUCACUUGGACGAGCUCUCUUUAUCCGCGGUGGCCAUCGCCACUUCUCUUACCAAUGUUACCGGCUUCAGCCUCCUCUUUGGAUUGGCAGGUGCGUUAGAGACACUAUGUGGUCAAGCUUUUGGAGCAGAGCAAUUUAGGAAAAUUAGUACAUACACUUACAGCUCAAUGCUAUGUCUUCUCUUGUUCUGUUUCCCAGUCUCACUUUUGUGGGUAUUCAUGGACAAACUCUUGGAGCUUUUCCAUCAAGAUCCUCUCAUCUCUCAGUUAGCUUGUAGAUACUCUAUUUGGCUCAUACCGGCUUUAUUCGGAUACUCUGUUCUUCAAUCUAUGACUCGGUUUUUCCAGUCACAAGGAUUGGUUCUUCCUCUUUUCUUGAGUUCUCUUGGAGCUCUAUGUUUCCACAUUCCCUUUUGCUGGCUUCUUGUCUAUAAACUGAAGUUUGGAAUCAUUGGCGCCGCGGUGUCCAUAGGGUUUUCGUAUUGGUUCAACGUAGUUUUGCUUUGGAUUGUCAUGAGAGAGACUGCUCUGUAUCGCGAAACUAGGAAUCUUCAAGCGCAAGAAAUCUUUUUGAGUAUGAAGCAGUUCAUUACCCUGGCUAUACCCUCUGCAAUGAUGACUUGCCUAGAAUGGUGGUCGUUUGAGCUUCUUAUACUGAUGUCCGGAAUCUUACCGAACUCAAAGCUCGAAACAUCGGUGCUAUCCAUAUGCCUAACAAUGUCGUCUCUGCAUUUCGUUCUGGUGAAUGCAAUAGGAGCAGCCGCGAGCACACAUGUCUCGAACAAGCUAGGAGCUGGAGAACCAAAGGCAGCUCGAGCCGCAGCUGAUUCUGCGAUCUUUCUCGGUGUUAUUGACGCAGCCAUAGUAAGCACCACUCUCUAUAGCUACAGAAGAAAUUGGGCUUAUGUAUUCAGCAACGAGAGUGAAGUAGCUGGCUACGUAACACAAAUCACACCUUUUCUCUGCCUAUCUAUUGGUGUUGAUAGCUUCCUCGGAGUACUCUCAGGUGUUGCUAGAGGAACAGGGUGGCAACAUAUAGGAGCUUAUGCAAACAUAGGAUCGUAUUAUCUGGUCGGGAUCCCGGUCGGUUCGGUCUUGUGUUUCGUCGUGAAAUUGAGAGGGAAAGGACUUUGGAUUGGUAUAUUGGUUGGCUCUACUCUUCAAACUAUUGUUCUUGGUCUUGUCACUUAUUUUACCAAUUGGGAACAAGAGGCAGCAAAGGCUAGAGACAGAGUGAUCGAGAUGACACCACAAGGCGACUACCAAGUAAAUGAAAGCGUAUUAAAAGAGGAUAUACAAGUUUUGUUAAAAGAUAGUUCAGAAAAUGUGUAAAUUCACUUAACAUACUUGUAAUUAUAAUACUGUCUGGUUAAUUUUGGGUCUUAUACGAAUGUUAUUGAUUAUAAUCUGGCAAAAAUGUUGGAUUCGAAUAAAAGA